GGCAACCACCAAGCCAAGAGUGUUUUGAGAAAAGUAAGCGGGUUGAACGCUCGUCUGCCAAGAAGAAAGGUGAUUCUAAGAUUUAUGAUGCUGACCUCUAGGAUACAAGCUAACCACUCAACUCUACAAAGCUUGCCACUAAAGAUGACAGAAAGCUUCAAAAUUAAAGUAGUUGCACCAAGAAAUCCCAAACUGGUGAAACAGGAGGAUGAUAAUAAAAAGCUAUCUCCAUCUAUGUAUGCACAUGAGAUGUCUCAGACUACAGAAGAGAGAUUAGCUAAUACAUAUAAGAUGCAUCCACCACGUAUUUUGGAGCUUCUAGACAUGAGUGAAACCACACACCACAAGUUUUCUACGGUGGACGUGGACCAGCCAAUUUUUCAGCCUUACCCAUCUGAGAUUGUGUUUCAGAACUACCUGUCCUCUGAGACGUAUGAGGUGCCGCUGGUAUUGCGCAAUAAUGACAAGAUCCCUCGUCUGGUAAAGGUGGUUGAAGAAGACUCCUUGUAUUUCAAAGUGGUCAGUCCUACAGACGUAGGCAACAAAGUGGCUCCAGGCAUGGCAUCCACCUUUACAGUUUUCUUUACCCCACAGGAGAACAAGGACUACAUCCACAGGCUGAUCUGUGUAACCGAGAGGGAGAAGUUUGAGCUGCCCAUCCGAGCAAUUGGGCCACGUGCUAUCCUGGACUUUCCUGAUGAGCUGCACUUUCCUCUGAGUCCUGUCAAGUGUUUAUCACAGAAAACACUUCUAGUGCGCAACAUUGGGAAUAGCGAGGCCAAAUUUCAGCUCAGCACACAGAGUCCAUUCUUUGUAGAGCCUUCAGUGGGGGCUAUCGGUGUUGGAGAAAGCAUGCAGGUGACUGUGGACUUUCUUCCCAGAACUACAGGAGACCAUUUCCAGCAAAUGCUGCUCCACUACCACUCAGGGGAGGACAUUUACAUCAGUCUGUAUGGAGCCUCCACAGACAUCAGCGUGAGACUGGACAAGAACUCGGUGCUGGUGGAGAAAACUUACAUCACCAUGGCCAACCAGCGCACAGUGUCCAUACUAAACAGAAGUGACUCCAUAGUGCAUUACAGGUGGAAGAGCUUUGCCACUGAGGAGGAGGAGGAACAGAACAGACUAAGGUUCUGUUCAGAGCUUCAACAGGAGGAGGAGGAUGAGAUGGAACAGUUUUUAACAGAAUGUGGUGCCGACCCCACUGUGCAUGACCGCCUCUCAGUGCUCUCACGCACCUUCCAGCAACGGCGCAAACAGCACUGGCAGGACAGCCUGGCUUUGAGUGAUCAACACAUCAUUAUUCAACCUCAGGAGGGAGACAUCUGGCCAAACCGCACAGCAGAAAUCACCAUCAUCUUCAAACCACAAGAAGCCAAACUGUACCAGCAUACAGUUUACUGUGACGUCACAGGUCGAGAGGCUCGUUUACCCUUGCGUAUAAAGGGAGAGGGCAUGGGGCCCAAACUACAGUUUAACUUCGAACUGCUGGACAUUGGCAACAUCUUUCUCGGCUCCAAGCACAGCUAUGAGGUGCUUGUGAGAAAUAAAGGCCUUAUUGAUGCUCCAUAUAGGCUUGUGCCUCCUUCCACAGCUAUGGGCCUGUGCUUUACAUUUAGCCCUGCUGAAGGCAUGGUACCUGCAGGGGCCUGCCAUGCUCUGCAGGUCCACUUCUCCUCCGACAAACUGGGCGUCUUCUCCGAAGAGUUUCAUUUUACUGUGGAGGGAAAUCCCCAGCCUCUCAGCCUCACCUUUAGAGGGUGUGUUAUGGGCCCGACAUUCCACUUCAGCAUUCCAGUGCUCGACUUCGGAGUUGUGUCCUACGGCUUUCCUCACACCUUGACCUGCUCGCUCAGCAAUACAUCUCUGGUGUCUAUGAGCUUCAGUCUGCGGAUUCCCGGAGAUGGGACAGAAUGGAACAGCGUGAACAGUGACCAGCAAGUUUCACAGCUACACAGAAAUGGCUGGGGACCAGGGGAUAAUGCAUCUGAGAGGCCUAGAGAGUUCACAGUGACACCCAGUUCAGGCACCAUCCGAGCUCAGAGCCAGAUGGAUAUCAAGGUGACCUUGUGCUUGAACACAGUGCGGCUGUACAAUCUGGCUCUGGUAGUCGAUGUGCAGGGAGUCGGGGAGGAAGUGCUGGCUCUUCCAAUCACGGGCAGUUGUGUUGUUCCUGAAGUGCACUUGGAGAGUCCUGUGCUUCAGUUCCAGAGCUGCUUCCUUGGUUACCCCUAUGAGCAGUCCAUCAGGCUGAUAAAUGACACAGACCAUCAUGCAUGUUAUGGCCUACUAGAGCAGGAAUAUGAGGAGAACCCAGUGCUGCUCUACUCCAGUGCUCAUCCACGAGGAGUCAUCCAGCCAUACAGCACACAGCAGAUCCCUCUGGUCAUCCAGGCUAAAGCAGUGGGUCAGCUGCAGCUCACUGCUCUUAUUGCAAUUCUAGGCCGACAGGGACCUCCGCUGGAGUUGCUCCUGUCCUGUAUCGGCCAGGGACCUGUUGUCACCCUCUCUGCCAGUGAGCUGCACUUUGGCACCAUCCCUGUACUCACUGACAUCUCAAGGACACUGCAGCUGUCCAACAAGUCCCCAAUUCCGGCUCUUUUCAUGGCACAAAUGGCUAAGAACAAGUCUCAGUGGCGUGUGGAACCAGCUCAAGGGGAGAUCCCUCCUGAGGGACUGGUUGAGCUGAAACUGGUGGCUCAUCUAGAUGACACGCUGUCCUUUAAGGACAAAUUACAGCUGAGCAUCCUGGACAGCCAAACCCACACUGUGCCAGUUUGGGCCACAGGCAAGGGCACCACUAUAGUCACUGACCGGCCUUUUGCUCCGAGCCUGGACCUUGGAUCUCAUUUUAGCUCAGGCCCGUGCCAGUAUCACUUUCAAAUCACCAACAAAGGCCGCCGUUCUCACCAGCUUUUGUGGGUCACUGAAGGUUUUCCUCAUUUCCACCGCAAAGGUUCAUCAACCACCAACACCUCCAGGGAGGGCAAAUUUAGGAGUGUGCUGAACCCUCCAACUUUGGAUUCCCCUGUGUUCUCUGUGACCCCAACAUGGUUGGAACUCGGCCCAGGUAAAUCAACCAACAUGCUGCUGGAGGGCUCCUGUAACGCACCCAAGGUAGUAAGAGAGAAGCUGGUUUGCUACGCCACUGUAGGGCAUCAGAGCGGGAAGGAACGUAUCAUGACUGUUGACGUCACAUGCCGAUUCAUUGCACCAAUCUUGGACAUAUCUCCUCAGCACCUUGACUUCUGUGUGAAAAAGGAUUCUGGCAUGUCGCUGGUGCCUCUGUACAGGAAGCUGUAUCUGAAGAAUGUUUCCACACUGGCCCUCUCUCUGGAGCUCACCUUGACUGAACCAUUUGGGCUUUGUGACUUUGAUGGUGAUGAAUCAUUCACUACUUCAAAGAGUCUAGUGAUUGGUGUGGGUGCCAAAGCAGAGCUGUGGGUGCGCUUCGACCCCUCGUACCGACAGGAGCCAGUAAGCCACGUGGUUGAUGAAGUGCUGGAGGUGUGCUAUAGUGGCCAUCCUCAGCGGGAUACCGUGGCUCUACGGGGUGAGGUGCACUAUCCCAACCUGCACUUCUCCAGUAGCGUGCUGGACUUUGGCUGCAUCCUUAAUCACACAGAGGCCCAACGCCAGAUUACCAUGACUAACUGCAGCCCACUGCCUGUCUACUACCACUGGACCUUCCUGGUGGACCAGCAACAGCACCACGUCAGGCAAGCUAGUUUCACUAACGCUCAGUUGGGAAAAGACAGUGACAAGUUGAACCAAGAAACUGUGACAUCAGGGGAGAGAAAAUCCCCAGAUGUGCUACAGCUAACUUCUGGAACAGAUAUUGUUGGACCAAAUGAAGUGCUUAACCAUGGCUGGGACAACAGUGUAGCAUCCUCAGCACAAAAGCUCACUGCAACCGAGCCGGAGCUUAGCAUAACCAGUCCGAUAGCUGAUGAGACACAUAGUGUAGGUGUGGAGGAGAUAUUUGAUAUCUUGCCAAUAUAUGGGGUGCUGCAGCCUGGUGAUAGUCAGCUAGUAACAUUUUCAUUCUAUGGGCAUUCUGAUAUCAGUGCUCAAGUGCUAGCGUUGUGCAAGGUGAAGGAAGGCCCUACAUAUGAGAUCACUCUGAAGGGAGAAGCUUCCCUGGUCACCUAUACUCUGGACACAACUGAGAUUGACUUUGGCCAUCAGCUGUUUGACCAUGUAGUAGAGGCAGAGGUCACUCUGAGAAACACAGGAAAAUUAGACUUUGACUUCAGUGCUCUUCUGGAGGAUCAGCAUGUGUCAUCUAAAGACGUCUUACCUGGAAAACCCCUUGUCAUGCCUGCCAUGGGUCACGUUAAGGCAAAUGAGGAAAUCAAACUCACUGUCUACUACCUUCCCGGAAUCCCAGAGGUUUUCCAGAAGACUUUCCAAAUACAGGUGGCUUUUCUUCCUCUAGAAACUAUCACACUGAGAGGAGAGGGCAUCUUUCCUAGAGUGUGCCUGGACCUACCCAGAAGUCUGAAUGAGGAGCAUUAUAGCUCAGUGCUGAAAGAGGCCAAGGAGGCAAUCGAACAUGAGCAUCAAAGAGAAGACAUGCUGAGUAGACCUGCCACUGGAAACGGUGAACUGUGUGAACUGGACUGCAUUCCCACAUAUGAUGCAUUGCUCCAGAUGGAAGUUGAAAGGCUUCUAGUUUUAGAAAACGCCAAAGCUACUGAGAUGUCCCACAGAGACUAUGAGCAGAGAGAAACACCUGGAUCCAGUACUAGCAGAUGGCGCAAAAAGCUCAGCAGGUUUGUUUUACCUGAGUACAUCCUGGACUUUGGUUAUGUGAUCCAUGGCACCAUUUCGACUCAUAUCAUCAAAGUUACAAACACUGGGCCUGCCCCGGUGUCCUUCAGAGCUGAGCGCCGUUCCCUAACAGCCACAGGAUUCAACACAGAGUUGGAUAGGGUGAAGAAUCUACCCUACUGUGAGACCGAAGCUUUUGAGAUGAAAUUUGAUCCACUCAGUGCAAAUCUGGAGCUUGGGGAGAUCACUACUGUCAUGCCUAUACAGGUGCUGGGUGGUCCUAUGGUGCAUAUGCGUCUGCAUGUUGUGGUCACUAUGCCCUCCCUGACCAUUUCCACUGACGUGUUGCAGUUUCAUGAUGUUCAGUGUGGCAUGUGCCAGGUGGCUACAGUGCAGCUGCACAAUCCUGAGGCUGUACCCUGUGAGUGGAGCAUCAGAGAGCAGGAAAAGCCCAAGAAGAAGAUCGAUAAGCACAUCCCGCUUUACCUGAGACAGAAGGCCCUUUCAGAGCAGUCUCCUUCUCCAGUCAUCUUUGAGUUGCUGCCGUCAAGAGGUGUGCUCUAUCCUGGUGACAGGGUCAAUGUCCAGGUCAAAUUCAGUCCUGCUGAAGGGAAGGUGUACAAACAGAGGCUUGUGGUGGAAAUAGGCCAAAGCUCUCAUCGGAUCGUGCUGCUGGCCCAGGGUCAGGGCGUGGACCCACAUCUAGAGUUUUCUACCUCAGCUCUGGAGGUGGGGCCUGUGUUACCCCACAGCAGUGGAGAGGAGGUUGAGGUACUGGUCCAAAACCCUUGCCCAUUUCCCAUCGAGUUCUACUCUGUGGAUUUCGACAAGCAGUACCUAGAGGAAGAGAAGGUCCUGCAGAUGAUAACAGGAUAUGACACACAAAAUGUGUUGCUGCUUCCGCCUCGAGCCCCCGGAGACCUUCUACCCCCUGAACUCCUGGAUUACUACAAAGAGCAUAGCCCCCAGGAUCCCAUGCAGGCUGAUGAGUCUUCUAACCCUGAAGAAAAGAGGCAGUCUGCAGGCCAAGAAAACUUACCCACUACUCCAGCUGAACAGGGCCCCAUAAAUGAGGAUAGACUAAAUGCUACAGCUGGUACCUUCAAAAACGGACCGGCCACUGGCACCAUCAGGGCAACCAGUGUGGGUCAACUGGAGGUGUCAAGAGCCAUUGCCCGCCACAUGGGCAUCGAUCAUUCGUUAGAGGCCCAGGCUGCUCAAAAUCUCAAAGGAAUUGCUAUUGUCGUGCAUGGUGCUCCACUCUCAGGUAAAACCGGUUUAGCAGUGAACCUGGCCAGGUACUAUGGAGCAGCAUGUCUGAGUAUUGACUCGGUGGUGCAGGAGGCCCUGUUGUCUGGAAAUAGUGUGGCAGCCAUGCAUGCCAGAGAGCUGUUUGGCACUGCUGCCUCAGAGUCCACGCAUGAAACAGGAGUGAAAACUGGUGAUGAUAAAUUGCCCGAUGUGUCAGGUCAGGCUGGUCAGGCUGGAGGGUUUCUUAGUGUUGAGGCAGUAGCCAGACACACUGCAGAAGGUGCUCAAGCCAGUGAUCCCAAAGCCCCCACAUCAACCAUUUCAACCCGCAUCAAGACCAGCACGACAGGAGUAAAGAGAAACGAAGGCUCUAACCCUACUGCUGCUUCAACGACUGGUCAGGGUCUCAGGCUCCGAAGUGCUAGUCAGAUGGAAACUAUGACUACCUUACUGCCUGAGGAUGUGCUGCUUGAGAUCCUGUCAGAGAGACUUCAGCUCAAUGACUGUCACCGGGGCGUCAUAAUCGAUGGUUUGGAGACGAUGUAUUGUCGUUUUCCAAGCACCGUGCUUCAUGUUGUCCUUAAAGCCUUCAACAACCGCCAGCACAUCUACAUGAUCGACCUGAACAACAACUACUACACUUUCAAAGCCAGAGAGAGAGCUCAAGUGGAGGCGGCAGAGGCCUUACAGAAAGAACAGAUGGAGAGAGAAAAACUGUGUCUAUUAGAGAUUGAUGAAGAUGAGUAUGAUGCUCUGCCAGAGAAAGAGAAAGAACGUGUAGACCUUCUACAUCUGGAGAGGCUGAGAGAAUUCAAGCACAGAAAGCAGGAGAGACUGGGGCAGGAGCAGGAAAAGAAGAAGCUGCAAUCGGUGUUGGACAGGCUCAAAGAUGUGGACCAGUUAAAAAAAAAGAAAGGAAAAAUAGAAUCUCCUAAAGAGUACUCCUCAGGAAAGAAAAGCCAGUUGGGUGGAAAACAGUCUGUUGUAGCAUUGCUUUCUGAAAGCAGACAUGAACAGCUCCCCAAGGAGGGCAGAAAAAUGUCCAUGUGCACAGAUGAUAAAGAGUCAGUUGUGGACGCUGCUGGAGAACUGGAUAACGUGGGCAAAAAGAAAAAAGUCAAAGGAAAUGACAGCAAGCUAGAUCACCAGGAUUCCCUACUGCCAUCAGAAGAACUAGAUGGAGAACCGAGAACUGACGCCCAGAAACAGCUGUUCAGCCGAUUCCAUCUCUAUGAGCAGAGCCAGCAACAGAUCCAGCAGAUACUGCAGCACUGGGACCGUACUCAGGGCCACGUUCUGCACCCUGCCUCUUUUGAAGAACAAACCCAGGAGUCUGGGGAGGCACACGCACGCCAAGCACUCUCUGGCAAGAAGGUCAGAAAAGAGCGGGAGAAGGAGACAGAAAAGCAUAAAUCUGACAAACUUGAUUCCAAGAUGAUGUCGCCAUUGCCAAGUCAGGCACAUAUGCUGCCCAGUGGCAUUAGCAGCUUAGAGAAAGAACUGGCAUCAGACCUCGUACCUCACAUCUGCAUCGCUGUUAAUCGAAACGAAGGGCCAAGCAUGGCUGAUCUUGUUGGCAAGUUAAAACUGCCACCCCUGGAGGAGGUACUGGAUGGUUUAGGGCUUGGACCAAGUGGUCCUCCCAUUCCUCCUCCCAUGCUGUUCUCGGUGGUACCACAUCCCAGAAGAAGUUUGUCAAGCCCCAAGCUUACUUCAAGCUGUUUUACCUUUCUGAUGCCCGUAUCUCUGGAGGAGCUAGAGGAAAAGACGGAGGCAGACUCGGAUUUAGAAGCCCUAAGUCGCUCUGUAUCUGCAAAGGAGAACAUGAUAACCCCAACGAAAAGCAAAGGGAAGAAGACUUCAGUGAAGGAAGAGUCACUGAAAGAAAGCACAAAAGACAAGCGCCGGCCUCCAACCAAGAAAGGAGGCAAGAGUGCAGAUUCUCGUUCUCCUCCACUCAGCACAGUCACUCCUUUACCUGAUACGAACCCUGACAAAUCUGUUGAGGAGAGUCAGUCGGAGGGUGCUCAAAGGCUGACUCAUUUCCGCUGGGUCGUGCCAUCAAAUGGAACGGUGACUCUAAAACUCUGGUUCAACUCAACUGUGCCUGCUGAGGUUAAUGAGACGCUGAGCUUUGAGGUGAUGGGGACCAAGCGCUGCUAUCAGCUCUCCUGCAGAGGCAUCUGUGCUUUCCCAUCCAUCAGCAAAGACCACAAGACAGUGUUUACCAACUGCAGGAAGGUCUUGCAGCCUGAUAAUGGAUUGCAGAAGACAUACAUCAUCAGCUCAGGCUUGUAUGACUUUGGCCCCCUGCUCUGUGGAAAGUCUAAAAACAGGUACAAAGAAAAGAAUUCCCCUGAAAACACAGAGAGACUAAUAAUGCACAACAACUCCCCAAUGGAGGCUGAGGUUCAUUUCUUCUUCCAGCACGACACCAAGAGCACCACAUUCAGUCUGGACCCCCCAAGCAUGAUCCUUAAACCCAAUGAGAAAAAGGAGCUCAGAGUAUGGGCGUACCCCACCACAUCAGCCCUUAUAGAGGACAGUGUGGUGGCUUGCAUUAAGGAAAACCCUGAACCAGCUGUCUUCAACAUCUCAUGCAGAGGAGUCAGGCCAGAGCUAGAAGUGGAAUGCAAACUGCUCCACUUCGACAAGAUUCCACUUCUUAGGAGAGAUACACGCAGUCUGUGCUUGCGGAACCCUACUGCCCUGCCAGUGACCUGGAGGCUAGGUGGCCAUGAGUUGCUGGGUGAUGAGUUCAGCAUUUCUCAGCACCAGGGCGUCAUCAUGCCUCACUCUGAUUUUGCUCUGCUUGUUUACUUCCGAGCAAUAAAGGCAGUUAACCUGAAGAAAUCCAUAAGACUGGAGGUGUCAGACCUCGAGAACACUCUUGGCAUCGCCCAAACAGAACUUAUUCACAUUGUGGCAGAAGCUUAUGAUGCUGAUCUGGACAUCAUCCUACCCAAAGGUACAGAUGGUGUUCUAGACUUUGGCAUUGUUAAAGUAGCAGAAGAGGUGAAGUUAUCGGUUCAUCUAAAAAACAAAGGCAAAUACGAAAUGGCAUACAGGUUUAUCCUGAAGCCCACUGAGCCUAAAAUGCCCAAUCUGAAUUCCAUCCUCACUGUAACACCCCAGAAAGGCACACUUCAACCUACUGACCGACCCACUGCUGUACAGUUUGUCUUUCACCACAACAAGGAAGUGUCUAUAAAAGAACAGCCAGUCCUACACUGUCAGGUUAAUGAGCCAAACAGUGAAGAGGGUGGAGAAACCAUUGCCACUAUACCAAUCAAGGUGUCUGUGCAGUCGUCCUACUCCAAGUACAGCAUCUGCCCUCCAAGUGGCAUUAACUUUGGUGCACUCAUCUACGGCUGUCGCAAGACGCAGACACUUACCGUGGAGAACAGGGGUGACUUAGAUAUCCAUUUCACCAUCUCCAGAAUACAUAAAGAUCUCCCAGUUCAUACGCAGAAGAGAGGAACAGGAAAGAGGCCGUCAAGUAAUUCUGGAAAAUUGUUAACUGCCCCCAAACUAAGACGAUCUGAUUCUAUCCAAAAAGACGCUACCACACCCACACAGCCACGUUUGACUGUGGGGGUGUUCUCCUUGUUUCCAUGCUCUGGCAUCAUUCCCCCAAACACCCAGCAGGUGGUAACUGUGGACUGUGUGGCAGAGCAGGAAGGACACUGGGAUGAAUGCCUGGCAGUGGACAUUGCUGAUCGAGACCCUUGUGACAGUCCAGGAGGGAUUCCCUACAAGCUGGUAGCAGAAGUCUGCAUGCCAGGAAUAACCUCUAAUGACAUUGCUUCCAUCUUUGAGGAGCACAGACUGUGUAAGAACAGUAGCAUGCUACACUGUAAACAGUACCGGGAGGCUACGGGCAUCUACAUUGAGGAUGAGAACAAGUUUGUGUUUAACAACGGGCUGGUGGGCCGCUCAGCCAAAGCUUGCUUCCGCCUUACCAAUCCUGGCAAAGUUCCCUGCGAACUGAGCUUACAGGUCAAAGCUGUGACCUCCAAGACAUCUGUACAUAGCUCUGAGGUGUUUGAACUGACUCCAACUCGGAUGAGUAUUCCCAGUCACUCACAUGCUGUUGCUACAAUCACCUUCACUCCCCACACCAUGCAGACUUAUCAUGGAGUGUUUGAGGCAUGUCUAGAGGGGGUGAGCAGCCUAGGUAAAAGCAAAUUGCUGGCGUUUGAUUUAAUGGGAGAGGGCAACAUGCCCUGUAUCACUGUUCUGAAACCAGUACAGAGGACCAACCGGGGACAAGCAGUACUACAGUUUAAACAGCUGCUGGUAGGAAGAAGACAAACCCUACCUCUGGUCAUCGAAAAUGUUAGCAAUGUAUCUGCACAGGUUAGCAUUGAACUGCUUGAUACGAUGGGAGUGUUUUCACUGAUGGCAGGACCAGACACUGCAUGCAGCCACAUCUCCUCAUUACACAUUACAAAUGAGCCUGGAACAGAAAGACAGAUGGCUCAUCUGGCCAGCCUGACCCUAAAGUCUGGCCAGCAGGCAGCGUUCGAGGUGGAGUUUCACCCUGAUGAGGCGCAGCGUUUUGAGGCCAAAAUGCAGCUAUUGAUAAAGGACAAUCAGUAUGAAGAGACAGUGGUGCAGCUGCUAGGAGAGGGCUAUCAUGAUAUUAUAUCACUGGACAUCUGCAGCAGCUGGAAUCCUCAGGACCAGAUCAGCACACAGGCACCACACACCAUCCAGAGUGACAUCCUGAACUUUGGGGAUUGCCACGUGGGCCGUCUUUACCACAAGACCUUCACCAUGAGCAACCACAGCAACUCUGAGACUCUGUGCUUUGAGUGGCUUCAGGUUGGGCCACACCUUCAGUUCUCACCCCAGAUAGGCCAUCUUCAUGCUGGGUGCAGCAAGGAGGUGACAGUAAGCUUCAGCUCAGAGCAGCCUGUGGUGCUAAGUGCACAGAUGCUAAAGUGUAAACUCUGCAAGAUAACCUACCCACAGCCUGUAGACCAAGUGCCGGACUGGGAUGACCGCCACCGAACUGUUAAGUGGAUUGAUGUGGGACAACCAGACUCGCCCCAGCGGCCUGCUAAGAAAAAGGUGGUAGAGACGGAUCCAGAGCCUGUUCACUCAGUGGUGGACAACUCCUCUAGAGAGCUUGAACUGCUCACUAGUGUCACCUGUGAUUAUGCCAAGUUUGAAUAUGGUACUGAAUCCAUCCACUUUAAAGACACCACUCUCUACCAGACAAGAGUCUUUCAGAUGGAGAUGUCCAACACGGGCACUGUGGGACUGGAGUAUUCCUGGCAGGUAAUAAUGGAGACCUCUGGUAAGACUCUGCACUCCAGUCACGGUGACAUAACCCCUCGUUCUGUUCAGGCCUGUCGAACAGGGCCACGGCCUUCCAGCUCAUUGGGGAGCCUGUCAGCUCUACUGUUAGGCGAUCCAGAGCUUCCUCCUUUCAGUGUGGAGCCCAGCAUUGGGCUCAUCCAGCCUGGAGUGAGUCAGAUGUUCCACAUCCGCUUCGCACCUCUGGAGGUGGCUGAUUAUGAGGCCAGGCUAGUCUGCAGCAUUCCCAAUCUGAAGGACAAGCAGGGCCUCGUGAUUGCAGCGAAGGGCCGGAGUCUGUUGCCUUACUGCCAUUUUCACCUGGAGGACUCAGACUACAUCAGUGAAAACAGACGUAACCCUGAUCUUCAUGGCCCCCCUGGGGCUCCACCCAACGUUACUCUGGACCCCAAAACCAAAGUAAUAGAGUUUACAUCUAUGGGGGUUGGCACAUCUGUGUGCAGGGAGUUCAGUAUUAUAAAUCCCACCAACAAACCAUAUUCAUUCCUGUGGAUAUGUGAAGACUUGGAGGAUAAACCGUUUACCUGUCUCACACCAAAUAACAUUAUUCAGCCUGGCAAGAAAGUAGAGGUCUCAUUUAAAUACCAUGCCCAGGAGCUGGAUUUGGUGGAAUCCUUCUGGACCUUCUUAAUCACAGAGCACAAGCUCUCAGUGCCCUUCCUGCUGGUGGGCACUGCUCAUGAUCCAGUUGUGUACAUUGAUCACACACACCUCAACCUGGGAAGCAGACUUGUUGGUCACGAGCUCUGUAAAACUGUGUAUGUGGUGAAUGCAGAGGACCAACCUUUUCACUUCACCAUCAAGGAACGCUCUUGCCACUCGGAGACAUUCAGAGAUAGCCUAAAAGUGGAGCCCAUGGAGGGGACCGUGCCACCUAAAGACAAGUUCCCAGUAUCCAUCUCCUUCUCACCCUCACAUGAGGGAGAAGUAACAUUUAACCUGCACAUAGUGGUCAGAGGGAAGGUUCAGCCACUCACCAUGAAUGUGAAGGUGGACUGUUACAGCAUGAACGCCUGUGUCCAGUAUGAGAGUCCAGAAGGAGCUACGGCUGAGCUCUCUCCUACUAAUGUGCAUCUUGUAGACUUCAAAACGGUGGAGUUAAGUGGCAAGUCCACAUGCACCUUUGUGGUUUCCAACCCAGGAAAGUUUAACCUGGAUGUACAGUAUGAGUUAACGGGACCUUCAGCACUACAGAGCCAUCUGCAAGUGGAACCUAAAACAGCUGUUGUGCCAGUGGGAGGGCAACAUCGUUGCAUCCUGAGCUUCUUUCCCAUUCAGAAGUGUAAUCUUAAAAACAUGGAUUUCUUAAUUAAGGUAAAGAAUGGCCCAGUUUUUCACUGCUCUCUGCAGGGUUCUGCCACCACCCCAGGCCUGGAGUUUUCUUUCCUAAAGUACAAUUUUGGAAUGAGAUUUAUCUACUCAACAGGCAUGGUGCCUGCUACACACACACUGCUCAUCAGCAACAAAGAAAAUAAAGGAAUCUGUGUGGACUGUUUGUUCUCCAACACCCCUUUUCUGGAAGUUACUUUUACCCCUGAAGUGCUGCCUCCUGGGGGUUCCAUGGAGGUGCCGUUUACCUUCUUCCCUCGAGAAGCCGUGCACUACCAUGUGAAGGUGGUCUUUGAAAUCAACAACUAUGCCAAGCAGGUAGUGGAGAUCAUGGGUCAAGGAAUUGAGAUGAAGCUUGACGUUGAGGAUCCAAAACACAAAACUGUGAAGCUUGGGACUCUGCAGGUGGGCCAGAAGAGCAGGAAGCUUAUCCCUUUAAUCAACAACAGUCCAUCCUCACUGACCUUUUCUCUUCUCUUCACACCCUCUACACAUGCUGUACUAGACAUGGGGGUCCUGUCAGUGAGUCCAUAUGGGGAAGUGACUCUGAGCGGUGGAGGAGGGAAGUGUGUGGUUGAAGUGUUCUUCAGUCCUCAGCAGCACAUGCCACCCUUUAGUGAGGAGCUUCAGCUGGAGUGUUUGGGCACUGUUCGCCCUCUGCUGGUGCUAAAGGGCUGCUGUCAUGGUGUGGAGGUCACACUGGAUCAGGACUACCUGUCCUUCGGUGCUGUGGUCCAGCACUGCAAAACCACACGCCGCAUUGUACUGCAGAACACAGGAGAUAUUGGAGCUAGGUUCAAAUGGGAUAUAAAACGUUUUGCUCCAGACUUCAGUAUCUGUCCUGCUGAUGGUUAUAUCUGCCCAGGAAUGGAAGUACCUUUGGAAGUGACUUUUGCUCCUACUGAAGUUAAGCAGGAACUGCUCUACAGUAAUCUUUGCUGCUUCAUAGAAGGGGGCAAGCAUGUGACCCUCACUCUGGGUGGCUCUUGCAUUGUUUCUCCAGUUGCCAGUCAGGUAGUAAAUUUUGUAUGUCAGGUCCGCAGUCAGUGCACUCAGUCUCUGACUCUGUCCAAUCGUACCAACCAACGCUGGACUCUGAAGCCUGUACUCCAGGGUGACUACUGGAGUGGCUCACCCACCUUUUUCAUUGAGCCCAACCAGCAUAACAAGGCCUAUGAGAUCACCUACAAGCCCCUGACCAUGACAACAGAUGGCAAUAAACACUUGGGCUCUGUGUUUUUCUCUUUCCCUGAUGGCACGGGUAUGCUCUACACCCUACAAGGCACAGCGGAGCCCCCUAAAGCUGGUGGCACUAUCAGCCAUGAUGUACCCUGCAAGACACCCUACACGGAGAUUGUGCCUGUUCAUAACUGGUUGACAAAACCUCAGAGGUUCCGUGCUGUGUUGGAGAUUAUUAAACCUGAACGUCCUGACAGCACUGUAUCUCUAAAGGGACUGGAUUUUGUGGAUGUGCCAGCUCUGGCUAAACAAGACUACAAAAUAUUUUUCUUCAGCUACAAAGAGGGGCAGUACAAUGCUAAACUGACCUUUAAAAAUGAGACAACAGGGGAGUAUCAGUUCUACUACCUUAACUUCAAGGCUACACCUCCAGGAGUGAUCAGCAGUAUUGAGAUGGUGACGAUGGCCAGGCAGACAACUUCAGCUUUGGUCCAAGUGGAAAACCCAUUACCCACAAAUCUGUUGUUAACAACUGAGUGUCGCAACACAGACAUUAUUGUGCAACCCCAGUUUUCAGUGCCAGCGCUCUCCAAGGAAACACUAACAUUUGAGUACCAGCCUCUCCGUACGGGUGAAAGUACAACGCGCCUCACCCUGCAUAACAGUGAACUGGGUUACUUCCACUAUGAGCUGCUGCUCAAUGCGCUUCCUGCUCCACCUGAGAAACCCCUUUACUUCAGAGCACCACUGGGCAGUGGCCAAUACCUUAAUGCCAAGUUUAUUAACUAUUCACGUGCUAAGGCUGAGUACACCUGCAAGACAGAUGGUCUAGAUUUUAUUGUGGAAAAGAACAUAACAGUAGCAGCAGCCUCCCAAGUAGGCAACGAAGUCAGUGUGGAGGUCUACUUUGAGCCCUGCCAGCUAGGAGAAGUGCGAGCCUUACUUACCAUCUCAUCUAGCUCAGGAGGAGAAUACGUAUUUCCUUUGUAUGGUACCUGCACUUCUCCGAAAGCCCAGGGUCCUGUGGUCAUUCGUGCCGGCUCCAGUGUCUCCAUCCCUUUUAAAAAUGUCUUUCUGCAGACCACAGCAUUUUCCUUCCAAGUAGACAACCCAGCCUUUACCAUUAAGGGUGUAGACAGCAUUCGCUCAAAGAAGACCCACAACAUCGUAGUGAACUUCGAGGCCCCACCGCCGGGCUCUAAGAGCCAUUGCACUGGAAAACUAAUGAUCAGUAGCCCACGCACAGAGGGCCAUGGUCAGAACCUCAGCUGGGUCUAUUACCUUAAGGGCCUCUGCCCCGAGCAGCCUCAGAAAGAAAAGAUGUAAUAAGGCUCUGUCAAGGCUCAAAGAAUAAGGUUUCUCAGCAUUUACUUUAUGGGUCACGUACAAGUUAAUGUCCAAAAAAAAUUUCAAAUGCUUUAGUACACAUUUUUGUAUGGUUAAAUAAACCCUAAAUUGAGUCAUAUCCA